AUGCAUAAUUCCGUAACAAAAACUCCUUAAUCAGUUUAGACGUCGUACACUAGACCAUAAACUGCACUGACUCACACAAAAUAAAUAUUGAUGUCUUAACCUUCUGAGGAUGGUCUCGAUACAUCCAUUAAAAACAAUAGAUAUACGAAUCCCACCAGUCUUACACCCAGGAGCUUAAAAAAAUUGCAGGAAAGGAAAAGAGUCGAAGGGAUUAGUAAAUCAGAAGUUGGGACUUGCAAUUUGAGAGUGAAGAAUGAUCAAGCUGAAAUAGACGGUCCUGAAGAUUACUUCGAUAAGGAGUUGAAGAUAAAUGUCGAUGAAUACGAUCAAUUCAGAAAGAACUUUCAUCGCAUAGUUUUUGAUGCCUUUGGCAAUUACAUUUACACAAAACCAGAAGCAUUGGAUGAUGAACUAAAACAAUAAGUUAAUAGUGCUUUGAACACCAAAACAAAAGUAACAUCCCAAAAUUUGUAACGGAAAUUAAUGCUCAAAACUCAAAGUUUUCAACCCAGGAAAAUUAUAGAUGGACUUGUGAAAAAUGCUUCUGAAAUUGCAACCAUGAAUCCUAGGAGAAAAAAUAUUAUGGACAUCAAAUAAAGGGCUGAACAAACUCUACAUCAGAUGAUUCAAAACGUUGCUAAGGAUAAAAUCCUUGCUGAAUCUAAAGCAUUAUUACAUGGGAUUAGCUUACAAAUGUUAAAUUAGGUUGAUAAAUUCAUAAGAGAAAAUUCUGAACUCAAAGAUUAAUUAGAAAUGGCAAAAAACAAAAUCUUUGAAUUGCAAUCAUCCAAUGAAAGUCUAAACUUUAAAAAUUAGCAAUUAUAAAAAGAAUUAAAAUAAUCAAAAGUCCAAUUGGAUGAUAUCAAACGGGUCAGUGUUGAUCUCGAAAAGUUUUUACCAGAAUACAGAAUUAUGACUAAAAAAUUUGUGGACUUUUCAGCUGAGAAGAUUAUUGAUAGAUAUGAGUAUUUUGAAAACACUGUUUUAACACUCACCAAGAAAACAGCAGAUUUAGAAGAAGACAAGAGAUUUCUUGAAAAAUCCUUACAAUAAUAAAAAAGAGAGUUUGAAUCAAAAAUUUAAGAUUUGUCUAUGUAUAAAGUUUAGUAAUCAUCCAACCAAAAUCAGAAUUAAGAUUAACCAAACAAAGAACUUGAAUAAUACAAAGAAAUGUACAUGACCUUAUUCAAAAAAAUCAUGAAUGUUUAUUGCAAUUGGACGACAAAAGCCAAAGCUCUCUUACCUGAUAAAAUGGAUGAUGGACCAAGAGCAAAUUUGGUCGAUCCUAUAGAAAUGUUAUCCAAUUUAGAAAAAAUGAUUUAAAUUUCAUCUAAUGAAAAACUAUAAGCAUAUCUUAGGAAAGUUAUCGUUAGUGCGAAUUUAUUAUAAAGAAAAUACUUCCCUGAAGAAGUCAAUCUUAAAUUCGAUCCUGAUAAAAUCUAUGAUAGAUUGGUUAAAUACAUUGAUAAUCAAUCAAGUGUGAUUUUGGGAUAUUAAAACAGAGAAAAAGAUAUGAAAAAACAAUAAAGAAAUUUUAAACAAGAGGACGAACACUAGAUUUUAAAAGAAGCCAUCGCUUCUGAUAAAGUAACAGACAUGAUAAAAAAAGAUUCCAAUAGCAUAAACUUGAUAAGAAAAAGAUUAUUUUCAAAUGACUCUGGUUCACAAGUUGAUCCAGAAAAAGUUGUUGAGAAAUUAUUCAAAUUGAUUGAAACUUAAUCUCUGUAGAUCAAGAGUCUUGCAUCGAAAGAAAAGUUUAACCAAAGAUCACUUAAACAAUUGUUAAAAACAGAAGACGAUAAUUAAGAUAUUAAUGAAUUCAUAAUUAAUUUUGAGUUAGAAAAGUGA